UGGAACCAUCUUUUUUAUACAAAGGGUGAGACUUUCCACGUGUUUCUGUGCACACACGUGUUUAUUUGGGAGCAGUGAGGUUCAUGUGUCGUGGAGGUGAAGGUCCUCUGCGCCAACAUGCCGGUGAGACGCGGACACGUCGCGCUCCAGAACACCUACCUGGACACGAUCAUCAGGAAGUUCGACGAGCAGAAUCGCAGGUUUCUGAUCGCCAACGCCCAGAUGAAAAACUGCGGCAUCAUCUACUGCAACGAGGGCUUCUGCCAGAUGUUCGGCUUCACCAGAGCGGAGAUCAUGCAGCAGCCCUGCACCUGCCCCUUCCUGGUCGGCCCCGGCACCAUGAAGAGCGCCCUGUCCCAGCUGGCCCAGGCUCUYCUCGGGUCUGAGGAGCGCAAGGUGGAGAUCCUCUACUACUCCAAAGACGGGAUCUGCCUCCCGUGCCGGGUGGACGUGGUUCCGGUUAAAAAUGAAGAAGGCCUCGUCAUCAUGUUCAUCCUGGACUUCCAGGAGCUCAUCGAUCCGUCCCUGAAGAAGUCGGCCUUCAGACAGAGAGUCACUCAGGGCUGGCUUUACUGUCAGAACCGCAGGCUGAAGAUGAGGCUGCCGGUCCUCCACUCGCUGAGACGUCCUUCAAUGUCCAAAGACCAGUGUGAAGGUGUGGUGGUGGACUUCCUGCAGCCAAACAGCGAGGAAGUCCCCCUGAAAGAGUUCCGCAUCCCCUCCAAGGAGAGCUGCAUGCAGUCCGAGACGGAGGCCCUGAUCGAGCAGGACCUGGACCCUCCCUCCCCGGUGGCCCAGUCCUUUGCCAAGCGGCGCUCCCUGCUGACGGACCGACUGGACCCAGGUCUGGCCUUCGCCAGGGGCUCCGUCCCUCGGAGCUGCUCCAGGGAGAGCGUGCGCAGCCUGAGGCGCGCCUCGUCUCUGGACGACAUCGAUGGGAUGAGGGCGGAGUGGAACAGCCGGCCCGGAGACCCCCGGAACCACAGCAAUCUGAAGCCCAGCGCUCUGAACUCCACCUCGGACUCGGACCUCGUGAGGCACAGAACCAUAAGCCGCAUCCCCCAGGUCACCCUCACGUUCGGCUCGGACCGGCUGAGACCCCCUUCGCCCAKCGAGAUCGAAAUCAUCGCACCAAGCAAAGUUAAAGAUCGCACCCAGAACGUCACGGAGAAGGUGACUCAGGUCACACAGGUGUUGUCUCUCGGUGCAGACGUGCUGCCAGAAUACAAGCUUCAGGCUCCUCGGAUCCACAGGUGGACCAUCCUUCACUACAGCCCCUUCAAAGCGGUGUGGGACUGGGUCAUCCUGCUGCUGGUCAUCUACACGGCCAUCUUCACGCCGUACUCCGCCGCCUUCCUCCUCAACGAGGCCGAGGACGAGCAGAGCUCCUGCGGCUACACCUGCAACCCGCUCAACGUGGUGGACCUGGUGGUGGACGUCAUGUUCAUCGUGGACAUCCUCAUCAACUUUAGGACCACCUACGUCAACCACAARGAGGAGGUGGUCAGCCACCCGGGCCACAUCGCUCAGCACUACUUCAAAGGCUGGUUCCUCAUUGACAUCGUUGCUGCCAUCCCGUUCGACCUGCUCAUUUACCGCUCCGGAUCACAGGAAACGGAGCCUCAGACUCAGACCACUCUGAUUGGAUUACUGAAGACGGCCAGGCUGCUGAGGUUGGUGCGGGUCGCCAGGAAGUUGGACCGUUACUCCGAGUACGGGGCUGCCGUCCUCUUCCUCCUCAUGUGCACGUUCGCCCUCAUCGCCCACUGGCUGGCCUGCAUCUGGUACGCCAUCGGGAACAUGGAGCGCACCGGGUCCGAGCGCCUGGGCGGCAUGAAGAUCGGCUGGCUGGACAACCUGGCCGACCAGAUCGGGAAGCAUUACAACAGCAGCGACAGAAGCUCGGGCCCCUCCAUCAAGGACAAGUACGUCACGGCUCUGUACUUCACCUUCAGCAGCCUGACCAGCGUGGGCUUUGGCAACGUGUCGCCCAACACCAACCCCGAGAAGAUUUUCUCCAUCUGCGUUAUGCUCAUCGGCUCUUUGAUGUACGCCAGCAUCUUUGGGAACGUGUCGGCCAUCAUUCAGCGGCUGUACUCCGGCACGGCGCGGUACCACACUCAGAUGCUGCGGGUCAAAGAGUUCAUCCGCUUCCAUCAGAUCCCAGGAGGUCUGAGACAAAGACUGGAGGAGUACUUCCAGCACGCCUGGUCCUACACCAACGGCAUCGACAUGAACGCUGUUCUAAAAGGUUUCCCUGAGUGUCUGCAGGCGGACAUCUGCCUCCACCUGCACCGCAGCUUGUUGCAGAACUGCAAAGCUUUUCGAGGCGCCAACAAAGGCUGCCUGCGAGCGCUGGCCAUGCGGUUCAAGACCACCCACGCACCGCCGGGGGACACGCUGGUCCACAGCGGGGACAUCCUCACCGCCCUCUACUUCAUCUCCAGAGGGUCCAUCGAGAUUUUAAGAGAUGACGUGGUGGUGGCCAUACUGGGAAAGAACGACAUCUUCGGCGAGCCCAACGGUCUGUACGUGAGGCCGGGGAAGUCCAGCGCAGACGUCAGAGCUUUGACCUACUGCGACCUCCACAAGAUCCUGAGGGACGACCUGCUGGAGGUCCUGGACAUGUACCCCGACUUCGCCGACAUGUUCUGGAGCAACUUGGAGAUCACCUUCAAUUUAAGAGAUGCAGACAGAAUCAACCAGACAACCCCGGGCAGGAGCUCCGAGUGCGGCUGCCGUCUGACCCGACACCGGAGGAGCUCCCUGCGUCGCCGCAACCGGCCGGACGGCAUGGACCACGAGGAUUCUUCCUAUCCGGACCGGUCCUGUUCGGUGGGGAACCACCGGCGGAGCACGGGGGCGGGGUCCCACUGGGAGGAGCUCUGCAGCAGCUGUUCCCAGUCCAGCGAUGAGGAAGUGAAAGCCGUCCAGCACAACAAGAAAGAGCUGUACGUUCACUCGGCCGACAGCAGAGACUACCAGACCAUCAGCCUCCUGCCUCACGGCGGACCCUCAGCUGGAGUGGGACAGUCUGUAGAGCUCGGGAGUCCUCCGUACUCGGCUGCGGCUCCUCUCAGCAUGUCCGGCCUGUACGGGUACUGGUCAGACCGCCGGUCCAGUCAGCUGUCAGACAACCAGAGACAAACGUCCACGGCGAGGACCAGUUUUCAGCCUCACGUGUUCGCUGAGGACCGUCCCAGAGAGUUAGAGUCCAGACUAGAGCUGCUGCAGUCUCAACUCAACAGGCUGGAGACCCGGAUGACGGCAGACAUCAAUGUGAUCCUGCAGCUGCUCCAGAGGCAAAUGGCCCCGGUUCCUCCAGCCUACAGCUCUCUGUCCCCCAGCACCCACCUGCCUCACCCCACCUCACUGUACAGCACAGGAGCCCCCACAAUCCGCACGGUCCCCCCAGUCCAGCCGGGUCAGACUGACGGCUCUGCCUCGCUGCUGCAGAGUCCAGAUCCCGACUUUAAGCUCAAAUCCAAAGACUCCCUGUCCGGCGAGAUCCAGCUGUCUCCAGAGGUGUCCUCUGUGGACCCCCCCUCUCCUCAGCUGCUGCACCCCAACACCGAAGAACCUCCCGGACUGAUAAGUGGGAGCCAGCGCUUCCCCUCCCUCCCCGAGCACCUGGAGACCUCCACAGACACGCAGGAGAUCCAGAGGCCCGUCUCUGACCCAGUCCUGCCCAGCAGCUAGAACAACCUUUUUUUUUAAAGRCAUAAGUUCUGAUCCGUUCUUUAAAACCCGCUCCUGCAGAGACGCUGCUGUAGAGCGAGGGAUGAUUCAGCUUUCUGCAUCACAGAGAGCUUCCUGCUUUUAUUUUUUAUUUCCUUUUCCUUCAAACAGCAGCGUUUCUUCAGGUUUCMGUGCGACGAAGAGAUUAUCCCUGAAACAAUCACUGGAUUUAACAAGUCCCACACUCAGGUUUCAACAAACAGAGGAUUAACUAAAGUUAACGUGUUUAAAAUAAUAUUUGCUUUCACUUUUUAAUAUAAGAUUUGCACAUUGAGGCUGGUGUUUGGAAUUUAAAUUAUUUUUUUAUUCUGAAAGUUACAUAAAAAUACAACACCAAGUCUGAAAAAAGCUGUGUAAAAUGUUUGUUUUAAAUACUGUGGUAAUUCUGAAUUUUAAGGGACAACACAUUGAAACAGGAGCAACAAAAACUAAAAGUCUCAACAUUCAAUAUGUUCGUUAUGUCCUUUUAUCAAUAAAACAUAGAUUUAUGAAAAUUUCAAAUCAUUUAUUUCAGCUUUAUUUAAAUAUACACAUAUUUUUUGGACUUGUUAUAAAAAACAAAUUCAGUGUUAUUGUGGUGUUGAAUAAAAACUAAGUUGACACUGUGAAGGAUGAAGGUUUGACUCUUGGCGGGGCGACAGAGGAACUUUCAUCUCACUCUUUUCGCGAGCAUGACUCAGCAGUUUGUGCUGAGCGUGUCGUUUUCAUCGUGAGGAAGUAUUACAGUGUAUCCGAUCAAACGUCGUAGUUUCUGUGUACUCACGACUGGUUUUAAUUAUGACAGCUUUGCAUUUUGUGGGGGGAGGGGUGGUUAUUUGUAUUUAUCUGUGCAGAGUUGUAUCAUCUGUUCAAAGAUUGAAAGUGCCGACAUGAAGGGAUGAAGUGGCACAGAGGAAGACGUGAACGAAGGUGAAUGUAACGAGUUUACAAGCAUUUACACGAUGUUUGUUGAAGCACAAAUGUUAUGUAUCUAUUUUUUGGAAUAAAGACACGAUACAGAGUUAGUACUGGA